CGAAAGAGUUACAUCUAAAUAAAAACUUAAUAAUAUUAAGAUGGAAAAUAAUUACUAUGAGUCUGAAAUUUAUUGCCCCAGAUUGGAAAGUUUGGGUUACGUUGUAGCUACAGCAAAUAUUUUAGACAAACAUGAUCGAUCAGCACCGUCAGAUUACCACUGGAAAAUUCUAAAGUGCAGAAUGAUUAUAUUUUCACACUCGGGCGUGUUAGCGAGCCCAGAUAGGAAUGACGUUAAAAAAGUUCACAUUGUGUUUCCUCGGUAUGGUGAUGAAUAUGACCGCUUGAACUCAUUGUUCUCAAAAUUUUCUCUUUUACAAGAUGGCGAAAUUCGACACGUUGACAUUCAUGUGUAUCUCGAAUGUUUUCGUUACACGGUAGCGGCGAAGAUAGCGCCGCUGUGGAACACUAUCGGAUACAAUUACUUAAUAAAUAAUAGAGAAUUUCUUACGGCAUCUGGUCCACAGGAUGGGCUCAAGUACUCCAUGAAUGCUAAUAGUAAUUCUGACGCUAUCGUUCUGCAGCUGAAGCCGAUAAAAAUAAAUCUUCUGAGAUCAAAUGAUAUAUUCUUUCCGGGUGAAUGUGUAAGAGUAUUGCCAAGCCUCAACAAAGCUACAGUAGAAGAAUUCUACGAAAAUCUUCCUAAAAUAGGAGAUUUCAAAUCUUACAAGGACUUGCGUCGCCAUUGGAAAAACAUUCACGGCUAUCGUUUACCUGAAGAGGAGAGAUCCUACUAUUCAGUUAGGUUCUGGCGAGGAGAUCCGUUGACAUACCCGGACAUAUGUCUGCUGCGAUUGUUUCCAACAAUUACACCGAUUCUUAAGUCGGCCGAAAAUGUCGUUCUUGAAAAGUUUUUAUGUCAUCUGAAACAUAAGAUGCCUACAAUAUUACGAACGCCGCUAGAAAUAAUCGGACGUCCAAAUAUGCCUGUCAACGAAACGUUUCUGGACACGCAGGCAGUGAGUUUAUGUACGCCAACACAAAUUACUCCAAGAAAAUUUUGAAAUAUUUCGUAUAGACUUCGAUUAAUACAAUAUUGAAACACCAAUAAUAUUUUCAUUUAUUAUUUGUCAUAAAAAUGUUAUAAAUUACAUAACUCAUUAAAAUUUCAUAUACUUACGUCA